UGUAGAGCUAACUGCCGUGCAAGGGAAUGAUCGUUGGCAGCGUAGACAUACCCUUGUUUUCCGUUUAAAAUUUAAAAGCAACAUAUUUAAAGAGGAUGAGGAGAAUUACUUUUAUCACAACAUUGUCAAUACGAUGAAGCUUCGAUAUGUGCAGAUUAUCUGGCCUUGUCGCGAUGUUCGUCUGGUUUUUAUACAUUAUAGCUUGUCUUAGUUAUGCAGUGAGCAGCAACCCAGGACUACCGACGCGAAUAGUUGGCGAUAAACACGAUACUAUCGAUAAUGUCGGUUCAGCUGUUUCUGCAAAGAAAUCUAAUAUUGCAAAUGAAAAGCGAAGCAAAAGGGCACCGUUGCCAAGCCCCAAACCAACACCUCAAUUGCUUCUGCCAUCAGAUACUAUUAUCACAAAGAGACAGUUUAUGCCCGUUCCGCCAGAAAUUGCCGGAAGAGAGUUCUUGCCAAGGAGAGAGUUUGAGGGCGGUGCUUUGCUGCCAACUCCACGAAUUAUCCGACCUCUUGAGCUAGAACGUGGUCCACCGAUAGAAAGGGGUCGUUUUUUACCGCCCCCAAUUGACUUAGAAAGAAGACCGUUUUUCGGCCAAGGCCUAGUAGCACCACCAUUUAUUCCAGAAUUUCGAAGAAGGCCAAUGUUUCAUGAGGGUCCACCAAGCUUAGUACCCAUGAACCCUGAUCUUCCAGCAAGACAUAUUUUUCUUGGGCCGCAUAACCCACAUUUUAUGAAUCCUGGUCAUGCUUUAGAAGACACGGAGCGUUUUGGGUCUCUGGGUGACACACCACUCUUGCCUAUGCCCCACAGGCAUCGUUUUGAAGAAGGUUUCGUCGCUGCCCCACCCAUGAGGGAAGGUUACCUUCCUUUACUUCAGCAUCGUCUUCAUCAAGCAGAAAGCCCUCGUUUGCACUUGCCCGAGCGCUUGCUGUCGGCUCCGCCUACACGCUUGCAAGAGGCCGUACGACUUCAACACGAGAUAGCACAGUUACCCCAUGCUAUACAGGAGCACCCUCAUCACAUCUUAAAAGCUAACUAUGCCCCUGCUAGCCUUUUAUCAAAUGCAGACUCUAAUGAAGCUACUGAUGACAAUCCAGAAGCUAGCGAGGGCGACGACAACAUCGAGAAUAUGAUGAACGAGCUAAGCAAACACAAAUCAGGCAAAGCAUGGGUUACUGAUGUUAAUAUUUACGACAAGAAGAGAAAAAUGAACGAUCUUGCCAGCUUUUUGGAGGACGAAAAAGAGGAAGAUGAUGAUGAUUUUGAUCCCUGUUCGGCAAGACCAUGUAAAAAUGACGGCAUUUGUCGACCGAAGGAAAAUGGCCGAUAUGAGUGUGUUUGUACCCGGAGAUUCAAAGGAAAGCACUGCACUGUCCGAAAUCGCUGCUACCCAAGCCCUUGUCAUAACGAAGGACAUUGUACGGAAACCGUGACAGGAUUCGAGUGCACCUGCGCAGUUGGAUUUAAAGGCAGAAGAUGCGCAGAGAAAAAUUACUGCUUACCAAACCCCUGCAUGAAUGAUGGCAUCUGUAAUGAAUCUCCCGAUGGCUACGUAUGCACAUGUGGUCAAGGGUUCCAAGGAAAAUCAUGCGAAGUCAGAAGAAGUGCUUGCAAUCCUAACCCUUGUUUGAACAACGCUCACUGCAUAGUGGGAGGAAGCUCCAGCUUCCAGUGUGUUUGUCUGCAAGGAUACAGUGGAAAAACAUGCGACAGUUUCGGAUUUCCAGGAGAGAGAACGAUAAACGGAAAUCAAAGAAGCGACAUCGCCGUUCCUUCGCCGUCUUUAAUGGCGUGUUUGAACAACCCGUGCAUGAACGACGGUCUAUGCAGGCCAGAUCCUACGACAGAGCGUGGAUUCAAGUGUGUCUGUAUCUCUGAAUACAAAGGAGUUCUUUGUGAAGAAAAAACAUGCAAGUGUGAAAACAACGGAUUUUGUGUGACACAAGGGUUGCAGUCAAAGUGCAUCUGUAAAGCUGGCUACGCUGGAGAUCAGUGCGAAAAGCACACACAGUGCAAUGACGAUACUUGCAUGCAUGGCGGACUUUGCAUUGAAGAAAUAGGAUCUUUCAAGUGUAAGUGCGAAGAUGGCUACAAAGGACUUCGAUGUGAAGGUGUCGACCAUUGCAGUCCAAACCCUUGUCUUCAUGGUGGUUCAUGCAAAGACCUACGUGAUACAUAUCAAUGUGAAUGCCCAAAGACUUAUAAAGGCAAACAAUGUGAAGAUUUCAACUUCUGUUUUCCAAAUCCUUGUCAAAAUGGUGGCACGUGCUUUGGAUAUUCCAGUGGAUUCCAGUGUGAUUGUCCAAACAGCUUCAGUGGCAAAAACUGUGAAAAAAAGCUGUACUGUAAUUCGAAUCCAUGCAGAAACAGCGGUCAGUGUGUUGAGGUACCUGACAGCUUCAAAUGUUUAUGUGGAAAGGGAUUUACUGGAAACUCCUGUGAAGUUCAAAACUACUGUGCAAGCAGUCCUUGCCGCAACGGAGGCUCGUGCCAAAACAAAGGAAACAGCUUCAAGUGCACUUGUACUGAACAUUUUAUUGGAGACACGUGUGAAGUUUUCAACGAAUGUAUUGAGAAGCCUUGUAUGAACGGAGGCAAGUGUGAAAUGCGGCCUCAUGGAGGCUAUAAGUGCUCGUGUACAUUGGGAUUUGCCGGUCCUCAUUGCGAGCAAAUCGAUGAAUGCCAGCCUAACCCUUGCAAAAGCGACGGUAUUUGCACCAACAACCCAAAUGGAGGGUUCUCGUGCGGAUGCAAGGAAGGUUUCCGUGGCUUAACAUGCGCAGAGCCAGACCCUUGCCACCCCAACCCGUGUAAUCAUGGCGUCUGCGCGGAGAUCAAUGGAGGAUAUGUUUGUAACUGCACUCUUGGAUUCCGAGGACCAGUUUGCUUAGACAUUGAUCGCUGCACACCUAAUCCUUGUCAACACGGUGCAUCUUGCCAAGAAAUAAAUGGUGGAGUGGGCUAUGUUUGUCAGUGUCCGGUUGGGUACAAAGGACAAGUUUGCGAUUUGAAAGAUCCGUGCAACCCGUCACCAUGUCUCAAUUCUGGUUCUUGCAGUGAAACAAUUAUAGGAUCAGGUUAUCAAUGCAAAUGUCAGCAAGGAUGGAUGGGCUCUCGCUGCGGAGAUCAUGACCCUUGCUACCCCAACCCAUGUGAGCACAAUAGUAUCUGUCUGAACGAUGGCAAAAAUGCAUUCAAAUGCAACUGCACACAGGGAUUCAAAGGAAUAAAAUGCGACAAAAUCGACCUCUGUUCUCCAAACCCUUGUCGUUUCGGCAGCCAUUGCAUACAAACAGACGAAGAGAGUUAUCAAUGCGUCAAGAACUUAUGCACACCAAACCCAUGUAAACACGAGGGCAAGUGCAUUGUAGUGAAUGACGAGGGAUUCGAAUGCGCGUGUCACAAUGGGUGGCGCGGUAGAAAUUGUGAAGAUUUUGACCCUUGCUUUUCAAACCCAUGCUUAAAUGGUGGGACUUGCUCGGAAAAUUCAAACGGCGGAUUUUCAUGUUUAUGUAGCAAAGAUUUCUCAGGAAAAUACUGUGGAGAUUCCAAAGCCAAAGCAAAGGCAGAAGCUCGAUGGUGUACAUCAAACCCUUGCACAAAUGGAGGCACCUGUAUUGAAACAGAUGGUUCAUAUAACUGCCGCUGUCCUAUUGGGUUCUCUGGCACUAUUUGUGAAGAGAGCGUUUGUUCCCCAAAUCCUUGUGAAAACGGUGGCCUAUGUGUUCCCUAUUACGGUAUUGCUCUUUGCAAAUGUACCCAUGAGUACACAGGGGCCCAUUGCUCAGAGAAGAGACGUUCAGACCCAUCUGUAAAAGAGAAGAGUCCAACUGCACAGUAUAACUACGUCCCGAUGCCUCCAGCAGCUGCAACUGGCUCGGGCCGUAGCAUGCCUUCCAAUAUCGUGAACUUACCCUCGCUUUCAAAUGCUGCGCGUGCAGCCUCCGUCUCGUUUGGGCCCCCUUCUUUUCUCCAACCUCAAGUUGGUGUUAUUUCGACACUUGCAGCGCUGCAGGGCCCUAGUGUUGCAGCCAUCAAUCCGCAACUACUAGCCGCUCCAGCUCCACCAGCAUCUUUGCCAGCGAAAGGAGUUACGAGGAACACCAUCAACACCAAUACAUUAUCAACUGCGAUGAUAAAGAAGGACGAAUCAUGUGUACCUUCACCAUGCCAGCAUAAUGGCAUGUGUGUCAUGCGGACAGACAACACCCCGGAAUGCGUUUGCACCAAUGAAUUCAGUGGACCACAUUGCGAAGAAAUUGGAACAUAUGGAUAUUCAUCGGCUCCUAAGUUUUUCCCCAAAGACGAAUGCAACCAUUGUGAUGAAAACGCUAUAUGCGUGAACAGUCAUUGCAUUUGUAAGGACGGCUACGUGGGUGAUGGCUUGGAAUGCUGGGCUGAAUCAUCCAAAGACAAGGAAUGGAGUUGUGAUCGAAACCCUUGCAUGAAUGGUGGAACUUGCAAGUAUGGCCGUUCGAGAUGUGUCUGUAAACUCGGGUUCACAGGCGAUUAUUGCCAAAAUUACUGCCCACCCUUGGUUCAUCUGAGCUUUGAUAAAAUGCGCGGGGCGUUGGCUGUGGAUGAGUCUGGUAACAACAAUGACGCUAUGUUGAUAAAUGGUGCUGAAAUUGUGUAUGAAGGAGGCAAAUGUGAUUCAGGAGUUUCCCUUCUCGGUGGAGAUAUUUUAUUUGAUGGUGAGCGAUUUUGGCCUAAGCCUGUGGAAGCAGUUACCAUUGCAUUAUGGAUAAAGCUAGAUACAAACAAAGGAAUUCAAUCUAUAUUUGAUACAAUUGGUCAGAAGUUCUCCAAUCAUAAAGAAGGUCAAUAUCACGUGGAGAUUGAAAACGGGAAAGUCAGAUGGUUCCACAGGAACGAGCAACACAAAGUUGUGUUUAGCAUUAUGUCACAGCCUCUGGUUGGUGAGAACGUCUGGCACCACAUUGCUGGGACUUAUGAUGCCCAAAAGUCAAUCGCCAGACUAUUCUUGGACGGAGACUUAGUUGCGAAAGGCACAGGUAAUGGAUAUCUAUCUCAAGACUGGACUGGAAAAGCUGGAAUAGGUAAGCACGAACAUCCUUAUGGAGAUCGGCUUCUCCGAGGCAUGGUUGAUGAAUUCUUCAUUUUUGGUUGUGCUCUUCCGAGACUUGAAGUUCUUGUGCUGAUGCACCAUUGCAAACUUUACUUUGGGAAGAAGAAAGAUUAUUCUAAAGCCCAGCAAGUUCCAAUAACUGCGCCCUUACCGAUAGCCAAUGUCAACAAGCCUGGUCGUCUCCAUAAUAUGACUAUACCUGCAGACCACUGGGUUUACAGCGUGGGUGAAAACAUUCACAUAAACGCAGACACAAGGGCAGGCAUCGGCAAGCCAAACUUGGGUCUGAACACAGCCAAGCCCCGACAACAGCAACAACAACAGAGACAACAACAACCAUAUCUUCAGCAGGGAAUGAUGCGGACUACUAAUCAAAAACAGCAACCACAGAAAUUACAACAGCAGCAGCCGAUUCAGCCUUACAAGACACCAUUCGCUGCUACGGAUAUGAGGCAAUAUCAACCAGUUGGAAAGAGCCAGCCAAAUGCUGCAAAUAGCCCCUCCUCGGCAACAUCUGGAUUUAAAGAUUUCAAAGCAUUGUGGGAAGCCUGGAAAGCAAAGAAGAGGGCAGAAGAUGCCGCAAAGAAGUCGCUGACAGACGAAGGGAGAAAAAUCGAGGAGGUUUAUCAGAGCUUAUUCGGAAACAAAAACGCACAACAAAGUGCUCCCAAACCCCAAAACAGCAAUUUUGUGAGUCCAGCAACCCAAAAAGUUGAGCCACCAUCACAAAAAUCAGCUGUAGCUAGUUAUAAUGAUCCCUUCAAGUAUCAGCAGCAAAUUCAAAAUUAUGAUCAGAGAGGAAUAUAUGGACAACAGGUAUCAAACUACUUACCAUACACACAAAACAAUGGGAACGGGAACGGAUGGAAUUACCAAAGUAAUUAUCAAAAGAAAGAUUUUGCUGGGAGGUUUAAGGCUGAAAGUCCUUCGUAUGUAACUGGAAACAUGAAAUCUGCCGUUCCUGUUCCGAUGGGACCGAGAAGACCAAAUCCAAAAAACAGCUUCGUUCAACAACCCAGAAUGCGCAAUCAAGUAGCCCCAGGUCAAGCGAUUGUGAAUAAUAAUCCCAGAAGCCCUUUCUACCGCAACAGCAUUGGCAAUAAUGGUAUAAAUUUUGCCGCCCAGCAAACUCGAAAUCAAAUGCCGAAUGACAUCAAAAGCCAGUUGCAAAGAAUGAGGCAAAUAUACGCCAGCAAGAGAACACAGCACCCUCCGGUUGCAAAGUCUGCUGCUCCAAAACCGAAUUACAAUCUUUUGCGGGGUGAAUGGCCCGAGCCAAAUUCGGUACGAGAGUUUGCGACAAAUCGUGGAAUCGUUCGAAUCAAGUCAGUAAUAAAGCCUCUGGUGAAUGGGAGACAAGCUCAAGCCAGUGGAGCACGAGCAAACCUGGAACGAAAGAACCAAAUGGCGCAAUCGCAUUAUCAAAAUCCUUGGGCGACCUAUAAUCUACUGAAAUCACAACUGUCUUCGAAACGGGACAAUUACAGACAAGCUGAUUCCCAUGCUUUGUCUUCAACGACGUCAAAUACGUGGGAAGGUGCAACUGCUCCCGGCCAGAAAGGCGCGGGUCACAACUAUGGCUACGGUUACGGAUAUGGGACCGGCGACACUUUAAAAGGUGGUGGCUGGGGUCAAGGUUUCGGCGGUGGUGGACCUGGUGUAAACAAAGCUGGAAACCACCAUACUCCAGAUUUUGAUAACAAAAAUACGCAGUGGGGUCAAGGGCAGGGUUGGGGGCAGGGUGGCAAAGGUGUGCCACAGCGGGAAGAGUAUAAACCAGCACCUCCUUCAGGGUCUCUUCUCCCUAAACCAGGCAGACAGGCACAUGCUCCGGUUAGGCACAUUGUCCAGAAUGCUCAAUGGUCCAACCCCUCAAGAAGGAACGGUGCCCCUCUUUUGGCUCCAAAGGGACCCUCAAUAAUGAACUUUAAUCCAGCUGUCCAUCCGGCAUUACAGAAGCAGGGGCUGUACCUCAGAGGGGGCACCCCAGUCUCAAGUCCAGCUUAUCAAGUGAAGUACUUUAUGAAUGAUAGAAAUAUGGACUAUCAAAAUGAUCCAGCCAGGACGAUGAGAAAUGAAAUUAUCUCGAAUGCGGUUGCUGAUGUGCUAAAAUCUAUGGGCAAGAAAAAGAAGAAAAGGACAACAAAAUCAGAAUAGAAUUUCCUGUAUUGCAAAGAUAGUCCCCAAAUAAGAAUGAGUCAGGACUAAACUGCGUUGCUAUUCCAUUACGUUUGAUGAAAUGGCGGAAAUGCAUGUAGGCCAAUGUGAAAAGACUACUCAAGCGUUUCUAGGAUUCACUCCUUACCAGUUACAUUGCUGUUUUCCUAAGAGAACAUUCACAACAAUACUCUACAAGAUAGAUAUUUAAACUUUGUUUCAUACAUCAGUUAUAAAAUAGCAGUCCUCGUCAUUCGUUUAACUUUAUCACGCUAUGUGAUAGGCAAAAUCUCCCUAGCUUAUAUUCUUUUAGUUGUUUAUUAGUUUUUUUGUUGACUAUAAUAGAAUUAGAAAAAUAAUUUUGCGAUGUUCAACAUAUAAAUCUGGCAACUCGAGACAGUUUUGUUACCAGACUUCCGGAAUGGUGAUAUAUACAAAUUAAAAGUUAACAAUUAACUCACCGAAAAAUUACUAAAGAGAGAGCUACUCAGAAAACUGUUUAUCUAGUAACAUCGUAUGUUUAAUUGUUGCUUCACCAGAACACGGCAAGUUUUGCAACUACUCAAAGCUAGCAACUAACCCAUCUUCUCAACUUCACAAUUUCUCGAAUUUCAGACCUUCGACAUUCGAUACACUGUUUCUAAUAAUCUAAUCAGGAUUUUUAUUUAUAUUUUCAGUUUCUAACCAUGCUGUCAUCAAUAAGCUGUCAUCUUUCUGGUAUACCUCAGUUGAAUGUUUUUUCCCAAGCAUUUGAUACUCCAGCUGAAUUUCGAUAGCGUCCUGCAGUCUGGUUUGCAUUCUACCAAGGCUGCUUGUAUUACGGCAAAUGAAAUUGCCCAAUAAUCAGUUAAGAUUGCUUGCCAAGUCAUUUAUUUGUUUGCACUAAUUUCUGGACCAAAACAGGAACAGUAAUAGAUACAAACUAACCUCUGUGAGAUGUAACUUUAAAUACUUUUAUUUAUCUAGUGGUUCAAAUAUUUUUGUACAUUUUCGUCUUGUAAAACACAUUCGUUAAGAAUGUUGAUGAUUGUAUAAAUUUUGUAUUCUAAUCUCGUCGAGAUUUUUAAAUAAUUGAAAUGCAAUAGU